AUGCAGCCACCUACUAAAAAUAAACCACCAACGAAACAAAUACAAUCGACUUAUUUUACAUCAAGAUCGAUUAGUGCUGAUACAACCUUGCAUUCUUCAAAAAGUUCUUUCAUGAUUGAAAAUUAUGUUCUCUUCUGGUUGGAUACGAACAUAAAUUUACAAGAUGAUCAUUAUAAUAAUACAAUUAAACACUUACAAUCAAUUGCAAGUAAUAUUCAUGUAUUUAAUGAUGCUGACCAAUGUAUUAAUUUUUUCGACAAAAUUAAAAAUCAGAAAUUAUUACUAAUAGUAUCUGGCAGUGUUGGACAAGAAAUUUUGCCACGUAUUCAUAAUGUUCCUAAACUUACAGCAGUUUUCAUUUUCUGUCAAAACCAAUCCAAAUAUGAAUCGUUAAAAAAAAGUUGGUCCAUAGUUCGUGGUGUAUUCACAGAUAUUGUACCUCUAUGUGAAUCAUUACAUAAAGUAGCACGUCAAUGUGAAGAAGAUUCUAUAGGUAUUAGUUUAUUUUCGACAAAUGAUCUAUCUAGUAAAAGUUUAGAUCAACUUGAUCAAUCAUUUAUGUAUACACAAUUAAUUAAAGAAAUUCUUCUUGAACUCGAAUACAAUGAUAAAAGUAUUGAUGAUAUAGUUACUUAUAGUCGUGAUAAAUAUUCUAAUAAUCAUGAAGAAUUGAAAAAAAUUGAAAUGUUUCAUAUAGAAUACAACACUAAGUCACCCAUAUGGUGGUAUACGUACGAAUGUUUCAUUUAUCAUAUGCUUAAUUGGGGUCUUCGUGAACAAGAAUUUGAUGUUAUUAUUCGAAUGGCAUUUUUUAUUUGCGAUUUACAUCGACACAUUGAAAAAUUGCAUUCGGAACAAUCAAGAAGUUUUCAAAAAAAAUUUACUGUCUAUCGUGGUCAAGGUAUGACAUCAGAAAAUUUUGAAAAAUUAAAACAAGCACAAGGUGGAUUAAUAUCAUUCAAUAAUUUUUUAUCGACAAGUACAGAUCAAAAUGUAAGUUUACGAUUUGCUGAAAAGGCUUUGAGUGAACAAGGUUCAGUAGGCAUCCUUUUUAUAAUUGCUGUUGACCCAUCAAUUUCAUCGGCACCAUUUGCCAGUAUCAAUGACAUCAGUUAUUAUCCAGGAGAAGGUGAAAUUUUAUUUUCGAUGCUCACUAUUUUUCGUAUUGGUGAGAUAAAACCAAGUGGUAUAAAUAAUCGACUCUGGUAUGUCAAUCUAACAUCGACUAGCAACAGUGAUAAACAGCUUAAUGCUUUAAUCGAACGGAUUCGAAUAGAAAUUGAAGGACCAUCAGCAUUAUAUCGAUUAGGUUCAUUAAUGAUAAAACUUGGUGAAUUCGAUAAAGCUGAAGAAGUAUUCAGAACUUUACUGCGUCAACGCACGACUGAUGAAUUUCAGAAGGGAAAUAUCUAUUAUCAACUUGGACAAAUUAAUGAUAAUCAACGAAAACCUGAUAAAGCACUUAAAAACUAUCACGAUGCACUCGAAAUAUAUUCAAAGAAUCUUCCAGCAGCUCAUUCUAAUAUAGCUACUUGUUAUAAUAACAUUGGCCUAGUAUAUGAUAAUAUAAAUGACCAUUCAGAGGCACUUAAAUUUUAUGAAAAAGCACUAGAAAUCUACAAGAAAACUCUUCCAGAUGAUCAUCCAAAUAUAGCAUCGUGUUGUAAUAGUAUCGGCUUAAUAUAUAAUACCAAAGGUGAUUAUUUGAGAGCACUUUCAUUUUGCAAAACAGCACUUGAAAUUUUCGUUAAAAGCCUUCCAUCAACUCAUCCAUUAUUGGCUCUAUCAUACAAUAACCUUGGCUUGGUAUAUACUAAUAUGAAAAAAUAUUCAGAUGCAAUUGCUUCGUACAAACGUGCAGUUGAAAUUGGACAACUUACAUUACCUGUCCGUCAUCCAAAUCUUCAAGUAUACAAACAAAAUCUAGAAUCUGUAAUAAAGAGAGGAAAGAAAUAA